CUUCACAGCCAUCAGGACUGGAUCUGCCAGGCAUGGUGGAAGCUUCUAGCAGCUUCUCACAGAAGCCACCUCUGUGGCCCCCCCAUACCAAGAACCGGGCUGCGCAAAACCAACAGCCCAAGCCCAUCAGUGCCAGCUCUAUCAGCUUCUCAGGCUCUUCCCAGGACCUUCACCCCUGGCAGUAAUCAGAAGUGCCCUGCCAUCCACAGCAAGCUUGUGAAACACAUGGGAAACCCAACAGAGAAAAGGAUCAGCUUGGACUCUGCCUUAUUUCAUGCCUGAGGACUGUUGCGUUCCAGCAGUUCUAUCAGUGCUGGGUCACUGGGGAGGUCCCACAUGCCUGGAGUUUGGCCAUUGUGACACCAUCCCCAGGAAGGGCUGGAAGGAGCAUCUGGGGAACUACAGGCAUGUCCACCUGUCCUUGCUUCCCAGAAGGGUUAUGGAGCAGAUUGUCCUGAGUGUGGUCACACGGCACAUACAGGAUAAGCAAGGCAUCAGUCCCAGCCAGCAGGGCUUUAGGAAAGGCAGGUCCUGCCUGGCAAACCUGAUCUCCUUUGAUGACCAGGGAGAAGACAGAAGGAACAGUACAGCUGCCUGUUCUGAGACUCUGCUUCAAGGGGAGCAAGAGCCCUUCUCUGAAAUCCUCCCACGAUGCUGGGGCUGCUGCUGCUGCAGGUGUUGGCCAGCUGCCUCUGGCUGGGACACGGCGAGGUGGUGACAUCCUUCACAAGCUGUCCUCAGUUCUUCUAUGCUGGGACCACCCCAAAUGAUGUCCUGAAUCCAAAGAACCCAGCCUGGAUCUGUCAGCGCUACAUGAACUCAUAUCACUAUGCCACCCUGUAUGACAGAGACAGGAGAAUUCCAGUGUACUCAGCCUACAAAUACAAGCCUGGAGAUGCCAAGAAACCUCACUCGUGGUGGUUUGUUGAGCCCCAGCUCAUAGAUAAAAAUAGCCUUAAAGAGAUGGAAAGAGAGUCGGUCCUCAUAGAGCAACAAAAAUUCACUUUAGACCAAAUCAAAGAGAGCCAGGCUGUCCUUUACGAUUACGAAGACCUGAAGGAUUUGGACCGUGGCCAUUUGAGCCCCAGUGGCCAUCAUGUUAGUACUGAUAGCAAGAUGGCUACCUUCACCCUCACCAACAUAGUGCCCCAGGACAGCAGUCUCAACAAGGGCAUGUGGAAUGCCUAUGAGGUUGACACAAUGGUCCAAUAUACCAUGGACUGUACAAGCACCUACGUUGUCACGGGUGCUGUGCCUGGGAACACCUACGUCUCCGAAGGCAGGGUUAACAGACCCAGCCACAUCUGGUCAGCUGCCUGCUGUCUGGGGGACACACAGCCCUGGAAGGCUUGGGGGGCCAUCGCUGAGAACGACAAGAAUGAGGUGGAGGUCCUCAGCCUGGGGGAGCUGGAGAAGAGGUUGACCAAUCUCUACGGGAAAAUGGUUACUCUGUUCAACAAUGCCUGUCCCCGGGAACAAAGCUCACAUCCUCAUUAGAAGAGGCUUGGUGGCAUUUCCACAUGUCCUAGAAUCACAGAAUCACAGAAUGAGUUGCUCUUGAUACGACCUUAGGAAUCACCUCAUUCCGACCUGCCUGCCAUGGUAAAGGACACCUCCCGCUACACCAGGAUGUUCCAAGCCCUCCCCAGCCUGGCCUUGAACGCUUCCAGAGAUGGAGCAGUCAAAACAGCUCUGGGUAACUUUUACUCAUACCACAGCCUGCUCAGGGUAAUUUACUUGGUUAUAAUAUCCCAUCUAGCCCUGCCCUCCAUCAGUGUGAAACCAUUCCCACUUCUCCUGUCACUCCAUACCCUUGUCCAAAGACCCUCUCCAGCCCUCAUCGAGGUCCUUUAGGUAAGGGACAAAUGUCCUCUGCAGCGUCUGUGCUGCUUCCUUCUCUGGUGUGUUUCCAGCUCUGUCCCUCAGGGCACCUCCUCCUCUGCUCAAAGGCACAAAGCUGUGGGCAGAGCCUCCAGCUGCUUUGCUUUGCUGCCCCUCUCAGGAGAGAGCUCUCAGGAACAGGUCCUCUGCUCCUCAGCUGUCCCCGAGAGUGUGCAGCUGACUUGUCCCUCACCUCCUUAGCAAGGCUGUGGGACCAGGGCGCCUCACGCUGCCCAGAGAUCUUUUCUGGAGAUCUCCAUGUCUGCAGAUACCCAAACCCCAACAAUACAUGGUGAUGCACAACCUGCUCUUGCUGAUCCUGCUGGAGCCUGGGGUCUGCACUAGAAGAUCCUGACAAGUCCCUCCAAAAGACAACAAUUCAGUGAUUCUGUGAUCCUGGGACAUGCUUUUGGUUGCUUGCUUUGGAAACUGCACCUUGAGAGCAGCAGCUGUUGUAUCAGACAGGCAGGCUUCGGCCUCAGACACAGAGAAAGCUUUGAGCAGCCAAAGCUAAAUUCCUGUGGUGCACUCCUUGGACACCUUCAUCCUCUGCUCUGCUUCUGAAGCUUUUCUGCAGAUUUACGGGAAAUUGAUUUGGGCAAAUGUAUUCAAUGGUUGUCAAAGAUCAAGGUGUGCCACAUCAUGUAGUUUGCAAGAGCUUGCAAUAAAAGUUCCUUGCUGCAGUG